UCAGUUGGCAGUUGUAUGCGAACUUGUUGCGCGGCACUUAGCACUAAGCGCAUUAAGAGGCAUCUAAUAAUUACUUGAAUUAACAAAAAUUCUUUAAAAUUUUCUGUUGUUUAUUAUUUAUUAUUAUAUUGAUGGGAAAAAGUUUUUUUUUUCUCUUACAUCUAAGUUUUUGGACAGUUUAGGCAUAAGUGUGAUUAUUUAUAAAACAUUUGACAAACGUAUACUAAUUAAUUAGUGUGGACUUAUUUGUGUAAAGUAUUUAAUUCAAAUUAUUAGUGUUUUAUAUUGUUAUUAAUACCGUAUUAAUAACAUAAGAAAAUGUUGGCUCAAUGAUUAAGAGUACCGUGUUAUUGUUUAUAUGUGUUAAACGUUUAAGAGUCUCAUUAUCACGCACAUAACAAGAAAAGGAUUACACUUUCGAUUUGAGCUUAUCAUCUGGCUGGUUGCAUUAAAUUAUCAUAAAUGCAUAAUAUGGCAACCUCUCACAUUUUGUCAGCAAUUGAACCGAAUCCAACGAAUUUGGGACCGUUAAACACAAGCAUGCAAAGUCGAUCGCCCGAUGUGGACAGAAAUGUAAUGGUUUCGUUAGACGAUCGAGAAUUGUGGAUGAGAUUUCAAAAUCUUACCAAUGAAAUGAUAGUAACAAAAAAUGGAAGGAGAAUGUUUCCGGUUGUUAAAGUAACGGCAUCGGGCUUGGACAGAGAAGCAAUGUACACCGUGUUACUGGAAUUUAAACAGAUUGACAAUCACCGUUGGAAGUAUGUGAAUGGCGAAUGGGUGGCAGGUGGCAAGGCUGAACAACCACCAUCGAAUCCCGUGUACUUUCAUCCAGAAUCUCCCAAUUUCGGUGCACAUUGGAUGAAAGAGCCCAUAUCAUUUGCUAAAGUAAAAUUAACCAAUAAAACGAAUGGAUCUGGCCAGAUGCUUAAAUUUCAGAUUAUGUUGAAUUCAUUGCACAAGUACGAGCCGCGUGUUCACUUGCUUCGUGUUGGCUGCGACCCCAGUCAUCCUAUUACUUAUCCAUUUCCGGAAACGCAGUUUAUUGCUGUAACUGCAUAUCAAAAUGAAGAAGUGACUUCGUUGAAAAUUAAAUACAAUCCAUUUGCCAAGGCAUUUUUGGACGCAAAGGAGCGGCCAGAUACAGUUUAUUCGAGAGAUAAUUCUGCAUACAGUUGGUUUCUACCGCAUAGCUCAUAUCCUACAACCCAGGCGUCUUUAACAACUUGUGAUAGAUACAGCACUCAUUCGAACAGAAGUGCUAGAUCUGUUCCAUAUACGAGUCAGAGACCGCGGAACUCUAGCAGCACGAGUUCCCCUCCGCCAUCCGGAUUCCUUUCGCUGGAGCCAGCCUCGCCAUCCGUUUAUGCUUCUUAUCCGACAUGCUGGCAAAGUUCUCCGUCUGGAAGUUAUUGGACGACUGCUCAGCCAGUUAGUCCUGUCGCUCCAACAGUUUCGCCGACUCACUCUUCAAAUGGCUCUCCAGGUUACGCUUCAUCGCCUGGAUACACCACCCACCAUUUAACGCAUCAAUAUUCUCCAACGGUGGCAACAUCACAAAGUGAUCCAUAUCAAUCUGCUAAUGGUUCUCCACCACAAAUCUAUACAUCCAACGCUGCACAUCAAGUAAUUGUUUACCAUCCGACACCGUCUUCGCCGUCGCAUCAGAUCUACGGCAAUGUGCUGAAUCCGACCUUAACCAAUCUUGGUUAUUCAACGUCUUGGCACAGUGGUGCUGAUUUUGGAGUUUAUCCCAAUUCCUAUCAUUACCAGACAUCGGAGUACAUACCCAUUAUCAGUGAAUUGAGCACGUAUCCGCAACCAGAGAACAACGAUCCACAGAAAAGUGAUUGUACUUCACCAGGACCAAUAUACUCGAAUCAGUCGCCUGAAACGAUUUUGCCAUUAGAAUGUGGAAACCGUUCUCCAGUGAAAAGCGACAAUCAAUCGGCUACCGUUGGCCGUAACAACAAUAAUAAUUGGUCCCCAUUAACGCCACCACAGCAGUAAACUUUAGUAUAAAUCUGUACACGUUAGUGGUACCUAAUUGUUUAAAAUUAAAUUGAGAGAAAUAAAAC